UGGAAACAGCGACGAACAACAUGCAGGAUGGAGGAUGGAAAAGGAGAAGGAGCGCUCGGAUAACAGCGAGAACACGCUAAAAAAAAAAAAAAGAGGUGGACAAAAACCCUGCUGAAAAACCAAGUCAAGGCAAAAUUGAAUUGUAGAUUGAGGGAGCCUCGCUCCUCCCUCGUUCCCUCCCUCUUUUAUUUAUCUCAUGUGAAGCCACGCCUCCCUCCUUUCACUUGUCAGUGCAUCUAUAACAGUGAGCUGUCUGCACCGGGCUGUGUGGGGGGUGAGAAGAGCUCCUCACUCUGCCAGCACAGCGGACCAGAUCUGAGCGGACCAGACGGGACUGGAUGCUACCGGACUGGCCAAACAGGGUGUGGACCGAGCUUCAAGUCUGAGAGGAAGUCUUCCCACGGUGUGACUGCUGAAGACAGUUCUGCAGUGUGCAUGCUGAACGCGAGAGCCGCAGACCGUGUUGAUCGAAGGCCCGAAGAGGCGACCGCAGGGAAGCGCGAUGGCGGGGCGCAGGCUCCCCGCUCUUCUCCCUCUUCUCUUUUUCCUCCUCGUCUUGGUGGGAGUCCUUCCUGAGGCCCAUUGCUCUGGCUACCUGUCCGGGCACCGCCUCAGGUCUCGCUUGCAGAGGGACCGGCACAUCCGCAACAUCCGGCCCAACAUCAUUCUCAUUCUCACCGAUGAUCAGGAUAUAGAGCUGGGUUCAAUGCAGGCUAUGAACAAAACUCGGCACAUCAUGGAAAAGGGCGGCACGCAUUUUUCAAACGCGUUCUCCACCACGCCCAUGUGCUGCCCGUCGCGCUCCUCCAUCCUAACGGGGAAGUAUGUGCACAACCACCACACCUACACCAACAACGAGAACUGCUCGUCGCCCUCGUGGCAGGUCCACCACGAGCCGCACACCUUCGCCGUGCACCUCAACAACUCGGGCUACAGGACGGCCUUUUUUGGAAAAUAUCUGAACGAGUACAACGGCUCCUAUGUGCCCCCUGGCUGGAGGGAAUGGGUAGCACUGGUGAAAAACUCGCGCUUCUACAACUACACCCUCUGCAGAAAUGGAGCCCGGGAGAAACACAGCGGUGACUAUGGGAAGGAUUACCUGACGGACAUCAUCACCAACGACAGCGUCAAUUAUUUCCGCAUGUCCAAGAGGAUGUACCCUCACCGCCCUGUGAUGAUGGUCCUGAGUCACGUUGCUCCGCAUGGUCCGGAGGACUCGGCCCCCCAGUACAGCUCUGCCUUCUCCAACGCAUCACAGCACAUAACCCCCAGCUACAACUACGCUCCUAACCCAGACAAGCACUGGAUCCUGCGCUACACUGGACCCAUGAAGCCAGUCCACAUGCAAUUCACUAACAUGCUUCAGCGCAGGAGGAUGCAGACUCUGUUGUCUGUGGAUGACAGUGUGGAGAAGGUGUACAACAUGCUGGUGGAGACGGGGGAGCUGGACAACACCUUUAUUAUUUACACCUCGGAUCACGGCUACCAUAUUGGACAGUUUGGCCUGGUGAAGGGCAAAUCGAUGCCUUAUGAGUUUGAUAUACGUGUACCUUUCUACGUACGAGGACCUAAUGUGGAGCAAGGAACUAUUAAUCCUCAUAUCGUGUUAAACAUUGACCUGGCCCCGACUCUGCUGGACAUGGCCGGCGUUGAUAUCCCCGCAGAAAUGGACGGCAAGUCCAUCCUCAAGCUCCUGGACACAGACCGACCCGUCAAUAGGUUCCAGUUGAGCAAGAAGGGUAAAACAUGGAGAGACUCUUUCCUCGUGGAGAGAGGGAAGCCUCCGCACAAGAGGGCCGAUGGGAAGGAAAUGGCCCAGGAGGAGAACUUCCUGCCAAAAUACCAGAGGGUGAAGGAUCUUUGCCAGAAAGCAGAGUACCAGACCUCCUGCCAGCAGCCAGGACAGAAGUGGCAGUGUGUGGAGGACCCGACUGGCAAGCUGAGGCUGUAUAAGUGCAAGGGCAUGGCCAGUCUCUAUGCCCCGCGUAUGCAGGCUCUGAUGGCCGGCGGUGCCUCCCAGCUGUCUCUCGCAUCCAACUCCGGCAGCUGCAACUGCGGCGACGCGGGCUUCAAAACAUCCAUCCUGAAGAGGAAGAGGCUGCUCACCAAGAAGAAGAUAAAGUCCAGUAAGACCGCGUCCAGGAAGCGCUGGGCCCGCUCCGUGUCGUUCGAGCUGGAUGGAGAUCUGUACGCCGUGGACCUGGAGGAGGGCUACCGGCCCCUGGGGUCCAGGAACAGCAGCUGGGCCGCAGAUAGGAGGAGAGGAGCGGCAUGGAACGAGGAAGACAACGAAGAGGAAUUCAGCGGCAUGGGAGUCACUGCCAAACCCAGCAGCAGUGACAAACUCACACCGGCUGCUGCACUUAAAGUCACCUACAGGUGCUCCAUCCUCAUGAAUGACACAGUCAAGUGUGAUGGGGGCCUCUACAAAUCCCUUCAAGCAUGGAAAGACCACAAACUGCACAUUGAGCAUGAGAUUGAAACCUUGCAGACCAAAAUCAAGAACCUGCGCGAGGUCAAAGGUCACCUGAAAAAAGUGCGCCCAGAAGAGUGUCAGUGUGACACCCCCAGUUAUCCCAUCAAGGAUAAAGAGACUUUCCGGCUCACCGCAGGACGAAUGCAUUCACUCAGAGUGCCAUCCAAGCAGAAGACCCAGUGGCUGCAGAAGGAGCAGAAACGCAGAAAGAAACUGCGUAAAUUCCUCAAGAGGCUCCAGAACAACGACACAUGCAGCAUGCCUGGCCUCACCUGCUUCACCCACGACAACCACCACUGGCAGACCGCCCCCUUCUGGACAAUGGGUCCAUUCUGUGCAUGCACCAGUGCCAACAACAACACAUACUGGUGCCUGAGGACCAUCAAUGACACACACAACUUCCUGUUCUGUGAAUUUGCUACUGGCUUCCUGGAGUAUUUUGACCUCAACACUGACCCGUACCAGCUGAUAAAUGGAGUCAGCACCCUUGAUCGCAGCGUUCUGAACGCGAUGCAUCAACAGCUCAUGGAUUUACGGGGCUGCAAGGGACAUAAGCAGUGCAACCCGGAAAAGGGAGGAAAGGAGCGGAACUACUACAGUGAAUACAGGCCAGUUCAUCGUCGAAAGAGGCCAAAAGUGAAGAAGCCCUCCUCCAAAUCGCUAGGGCAGAUUUGGGAAGGGUGGGUUGGUUAACCACCUGCAUCCCACAACCCUCUACGUCGGCCUCCUCCAGCGACAGAAGAAGAAAGUGGAGUGCAGGCGAACCCAAGGACCUUGACCACACUUCAACGGACCAUAACCUGAGAUACUGCUCUUCUCCGAUCUGGGUUUAUUUUGUGAGAGAGCUGCUCUUUGUAGUCCUCACCCAGGUUAGAGGAGGUACUAAGGCUGAGAGGACGCUUAAAGACUCUGUUUGGGAAUAUAUUUCACACACAUGUACAUCAGCUGUAAGGAUUGUUGCUGUCACAAGAUGCUGUAAAUCAGAUGGGGCAGUUGAAUCUAGCAGAAAUGCUUGUAGAUAAUAUACAGAAAUCAGCUUUAAUCAGCUUUCUUUCAUGUCAUUUGGGACUGGAUGGAAACACGAUGGGUCACAUGUCAACUCUGCUGCUCAACAACGAUGUUAUGGCCUCAUGACGUCUCUGUGGCACAUGCUAAUUACCUGAAUAAUUGGCGCCCAGAAAUACAUGCAGUCUUUUUCUUCACCAACACGUCCGCACAUGGAAGUGAUACGGACUUUACAACGUCAAGAACGUUUCGCCGUGAUCUUUUGUAUUAUAGUUGAUCUUAACACUGAUGAAUGUCCUUUACCUUCCUCACAGAUGAGACGUGAGGUGACUAGUUUGUCUGCAGUGAUUCAAAACCAUAACACAGACCUUGAAGUAGGUCUGUCCCCGACCAUGACCCGUCUCACGAUGAUACAGCCCUCCUGCAUAUUCGACCGUUGACAUAAUGUGUCAUUAGUGAAUGCUAUUUUACUCGUUCGUACCACACUGUAGGAGUAACCAAAUAGUUUGUUGAGCUUGCUAUAAAUGGUGCUACAGGAUAACAAUACAGAAGUAAAAACCUUUGCUGUACAGAACAGUAUGUAUUUGAAUGUAUGUUGUGCAAUUAAUAUAAAUGUUUACAAUAUUUUUUAUAAUACUGAAGAGGCAGACCUCAUUGUAAGAUAUGAGUUCACAAAACGAACUUAUAGGAAGAAAUGUAGCUCGAGAGAUGUCAUUGCCCGAGAUUUGUAUGUUUGUCCUUUCCUUCUCUACAUCGGAAAAGCACUUAAAGGGUUCACUGUGAAGAGAUGCGCCAUGCACACGAAUGGAUUUAUAGUUUACUCUGUGCCAGAGGAAAAACACCGCGGUGUAAUACUUAUUGAUGUGAAAUUUAGCUACCUUUGUUAGCUUCUUUGAUUUAGUUCCUUUUUUUUUCUUUUCUUUUUUCUUUUUUUGUUUUUAGCAAAUAUUUCCAUAGACUUGGUUGAAGAUCGUGAUUGUGAAUAAAGUGUUGUUUGAUCUUAAA